AUGUCACCUCGCCGCUCAUCGAGAGCUAGGAGCUCAGCUAACCCACCUCCAACGUCCCACACCGCAUCAUCCACGUCCUCAACGACGCUGAAGAACAACAACACCCUCCAGCGCUCUGUUUCCGCCGAAGACAUCGACGAUCAAGACGACGAAAAAUCGACUGAGCCCAUCAUGCCUCGACGCAGCCGACGGACUGGCGCCGACGAGUCUCGUGAUGCCUCACAGUCCUCCAAGCCCAACGAUGCCUUCGAUCGCCAAAGACUGGUCGAAGAAGAAGGCGAAGAAGUCACUCGCUGCAUUUGUGGUGAGACCGAUUACCCUGGUCCCAGCAAUAACCUGCUGAACGCACGAGGCCUUCUUGCCGCCGACAUACCCCCAUAUAGAAUAAAAGACGUGGGCGACUUCUUCGUCCAGUGCGACAAAUGCCUUGUCUGGCAACACGGUGGCUGCGUUGGCUUCGAACGCGAGGAAGAGCUACCCGACGAAUACUUCUGCGAGAAUUGCAAGCCUAGACUACAUAAGAUCUACAAGGAGCACAAUGGGCGACGCUCGCACUUCUUCACAGUCGGCUCGCUAAACAAGGUCGCCAGAGUCGACUCUGGCCGGACCACAGACAAGGUCGUGCCAAACGAUGAGUCCAGAUCCUCUUCCACUUCCUCGGGAGAGGUUCGAAAGAAAGACAGCAAGAAGCAAAAUCCUGCAAGCACCACUAGGCGAGCCACCAUGAAUAGUCGUGGAGCCUACGACGAGGAUGAGAUGCUACGACGGGCUAUAGAAGAAAGUAAAGGCGAGCUGGUACUCUCGGCAAGCGAACGAGAGAUCUUGAUGACGAUCCUAAAGCGCCAACGUACUGGCUCUAUGUCCUCCGGCUCGAAACGAAGCGACUCCCCGUCUGCAAUAGACGGCAAGAAUACUGGCAAGAGCAGACAGACACUUCGUGGUGCAGCAGCAAAAACGCACAAAGAAAGAGAGGCACGUGAGCAAGCCAGAGAAGAGCAGGCUGCGGCAAGAGCGGAAGCAGCAAGCAAGCGCCACGCUAGAUCCGAGCGCCGGCGAGUAGAUGACUCUCCGCCUCCCUCACCUUCCGUCUCGCCUGCGAAAGGCCCAUCCAACACAACGAACAAAAGCAGAGACAACGGCAGCAGACCGGAUGUCUCUGGGACCAGCAACAGCAAGUCGAAAGCAAAAUCAAAACCGCCGUCUAGAAUGGGUCCCAACGGCCGCCGAAUCGGCGCAAACCAGUACACACGUGGCCGCGACGCAGCCACAGAGGACACGCCUGGCCCGAAUGGCGAGUCACACAUCAACGGCAACAGCGGCGGCGGCUCCCCAGCCGCUAAUGGCGUGCACCACAACGGUAUCAUCAACGGAGAGUCCGGCCGCAGCAGCAAGGCCAAGACUCAUCCUGCUAGGACCAGCCUGAACGAAAUGAAGCGGCGAGUUGCGGCGAUACUGGAGUUUGUGAACCAGAUGCAGGCUCAGACGGAGUCGAAACAGCCGUCGACAGCUUCCAAGGACGCCAAGAGUAGGAAAGGCACCGGUGGCGAGUCAUCCGGUUCAGAGAAAGGAGGAGCGUCCACACCGUUGGCCGGAGGUGCAGUGCAAGACCCGGCUGCUGCAGCCGCCGCAGCUGCCACGGCGGGAGCGGUAGCUGAUAUGGUGAAGGCUGUCAGGGACGCCACCGAGGAUCUCACGAAGACCGACAGUGCUGACUCCGGCAACAACAGUGCCGAGGGAGAGAAUGCCAACAACGACAACGCUUCUGCUACGUCAGCAGGAAGCACAUUGCAGAAGGCUAAGUUCAGAGAUGACGCCGAUUUCGCCAGCAUGAGCGCCUCGGACAUGAUGGAGGCGCUCAAGCAGGAGUUGAUCAGUUGGCAGGCGUGCUAUGGUGUUUGGGCGCGGUAG